UUGAAUUUUUGAAACCUUCUUUUUCCCUCUUCACCUGCCCCCCCAGCCCCUCCUAAUCGCUAAUGAUCUCCAAUGUCCAAGAAGAAAAUCCCCAUCAGAAGCGACCCCAGUGGCGAUGGCAGCGCCAGCCGACGCCCCUCCCACCGAACCCCUCUCCGAAGGUCUCCCCGACUCCAUCCCGAGACGAACGACGACCCCAAUUCCAAGAAGAAUUCCAAUGAGCAACCCCAGCUCCGAUCUUCUCCCCUUUCGUCAGAUUCGCAACAAACCCAGAAGAAGCCCUCGAGAUCGCUCAAAUCCCGGCAACUUCUCGCUGCCGAUGCCUCCCAGAGCAGGAGAAGGUCCCCGAGAUUAGCCUCCAUUGCGGCGGAGGUCACGAAGAAAGAUGCCGAUUUCUUGCAGAGCCGGAGGAGAUCUGCCAGGUUUGCCUCUGAUCUGGCCGAGAUUCCCAAGAAAGAUGGUGAUUUUGUUGCCAAGCCGAAGCGGUCCGAGAGAUUGAUGGGUUCUUCGAAGGUUGCAGCAAAGGUUGCCGUUGACGUGCCGGGGGAUGAGAAUAGUGAUGGAGAGAGGGGGAGAGGAGAGAAGAAGAGGAGAAAGAGAGAGGAGAAUGUUGAAGCGGAGAUGGAGACUGGAAGAAGUGAGGUGGAGGAAUGUUGCACUUUCGAGGGUUGGACGAAAGAGCAGGAGGUGGCGUUGCGGAGGGCUUACUUCUCCGCGAGGCCAUCGCCACAUUUCUGGAAGAAGGUGUCCAAAAUGGUGCCAGGAAAGACUGCACACGAAUGCUUCAACAGAAUCCAUGCUGACCUUGCAACCCCAACUCAACCUCAACCUCGUUCAAGGGCAAACAGAUCGAAUUUUUCUCCUGUAGGCAGUUUUACUUUGUCAGGAAGUAAAAUGAAAGAACUUAUGGAGACAAAAAUCAAAAGAGUUAGAAGUAGGAAACAGAAGAGUCUUGUUGCACAGAAGACAGCAAGGCAUUUACUAAGGAAGCACUGCCUCACUGAUCGAAGCCAGGAAGCAGAUCAUUUCUCAAAUCUUGAAACUUCACCAAAUUCAUUGUAUCUGGAACUACCAGAGAUUAUGUCACCUGAAACACCUGAUUGCAUAAGGAAUCCCUCCAGUUUUCUCCAAAAAUGCAAUGAGAGUUCUUCAUCAUCGCACAGAAAAAUGCUCUCAAGAUUCAACGCAAGCCAAGCUGAUCCAAGUCCUGAAGUUCUGAAGCAGAUAAAGAACAUAGCUCAGCACGAGAAGUACAUUGAUCACCUGCACUAUAGAGAUGCAAGGAGAAGAAAAUGCACUAAGACUGCAAACCCUGUUGCUGAUAGGUGUAAGAAGACCAGCAGUGAGUUGGGAACUGGAGCUCUCAAAGCUGCAAGGACUGCUCUCAUCUCUGAGGCAAGAGAAUAUAUCAGCCAUUUUCAACAAAUGCAGGCUAACUCCUUGGACAACCAUGAAAGUUUUGACACUGAUGAUAAAACUACUGAUACUGAUGAUUAUGUUGUUGAUGAUGAUGAUGAAUAAAUAUAAUGGGCAGGUGGCCAUGACAAUGGCACCUCUGAAGUAAAAUCUCUUUGAUUGCCUUUGCCGAUGAGAGAGAAGUUACAUUCAUUUUCCAUUAAUGGAAUAGGCCACAAUGGUCUUUUAUCCCUACCAUUAUCAAAAUCAUGUUGAGACAGUAGUAUGCUGCUGUAAUUUUUAGAAGAUAAAUGCAAGUUCUUCCA